AUGUGGGUCUGUACACGAUGUACUUUACAAAAUGAAGAUGGAAAUAAAAAUUGUGAAGUUUGCUUGGGCCCAAGAAACUUUUCAUAUCCAACGGUUCCAGAUGAUAAUACACCAAUGUUAACGUUAAAUGAACAUCCACAAUUAUUUCCGUUCAUUUCUAAAAGGGAUGAAUUACCAAUUGCAAUUUCACCGAUGCGCACAGUGUUUAAAAAUAUGGAAGGCAUAAAACCAGCUUCUGACUAUAAUAAUUAUAUGAAGUAUAUUAUGCCCAAAAAUGAAAUGGGUGUGUCCAGUAAGAACGAAAUAAGCCAAUCAGACCCCAGCGUUCCAUUGCCACUUGUACAGUACAAUGCAAAUGAGCCAAAUUCACCACCAGGUAUUUGGGAUAGGACACUUCCUGGGGUUUCAAGCAACGUAUGUUUAGAACCUGAUGAUUCCACUUCACCAACCAAACCUAUUGCAAUAACUUCUGUGAAAGAUUUAGUUCCUUAUCAGGUGCGCCCCCCUGUGUUCAGUAUGACGCCUGACAUAUCAUGUACAAGCCAGCAGCUAUCCGAUGAGAUAAAGCGAAAAGAAAUCCCACAGUUCAUGUUCAAAGAGCGGUUACGAAACGAGGAUAGUAACAUUAUCAGUUUCUUCCAAAGUAAAGGAUCAACUCCGCCAACUUCCUUCAGGUUUCCAGGUGCAGGUCCGGAGAAAGCUGGACCACAAGGAAAAUCCGAAACAUCAAUGGAGGUUGCUUUGUCAGAGCACGAAGCAACUAACACACGAAGUACAACUGAUUCGUCUUCAACCGAAAAUGUUUUAUCCUCAAACCGCAUUAAUGAGGGACUUGAAAACUACAGUGCACAAAUUGGUACACAUGACAAGCAGUUGGUGGAGUUGGAACAAUAUCAAAUUAUUGAAAAUAAAAAGGAUUGGCAUGAACCCAAUGAAAACAUACGUAAUAGCCCCUGUCAUACUUUUUUAUCGGAUCACUUUAACAGUAAGCAAGCUGGGUCGAUUAUUAAUGCUUUAAAUUUCCGAAUGGUUGAUACCGACCAGAUGAUCGUUCCCAAUGAAGAACUAUUGGCAAUGACGAGUGAAGCAGGUUAUGUAAAGCUUGCACACCCAGAAUUCAUAAGUCCAAAAGUUUUGUUGAAGCAGUUUUCUCAAGGACAAACUGUUAAAACGGCCCAAACAAACACUGAAACUCACAGUCAGUCAAACAUGAAUGAUGGAGGCGAGAUGUCCAUUGUAACAAACUCAAAGGAAAUGGACAUGCCAUUGGAUCUUGUUCAUAAACCCUUUCAAAGUAUGAUCAACACUGCGCACGCACUAACCGCACACACUAGUGAGGAACAAGAAAAUCCACAUGGAUCACCCACUAAGGAUAGAGUUAAGCACAUCAUCACCGAUGAUCCCACAGAUGUCUCAGAACAAAGCGAUCAAUUAAAGCGACAUCUUCAAGACUUAGAUCAAAAUAACGACUUACUCAUUUCAAAAAACCAAUCACAGAAAUUAAGUCGUUCCAUCCACCUGGAAAAAUACUUACUUGGUGAACUUGCUGCCUUUGAUCGAGACACUCACAAGAAACCUGCAGGUGUGUUGGCGAUGUUAGGCUGUGAUGAUGAAGACAAUGAUGAUGAUAUCUAUAACACUCAAGAAAUAAUGGCAUCCAAAGAAAGUAUCGGAGCUACAGCUUUGCCAACUAACCAGGAUCUUUCUAUGCUGCCACAAAACAAUGUGAGACUUGAUCCUGUUAAUCUCUACACAAAAGACACCAUGGGAGAUGCUGCCGAUCCGGAUCAAGACAAUGCAUUGGAAUUUAAUGAUGACCACUUUGCUGCAGAACCCAAUCUCCCAGCGUCUUCUACAACAGCAUCAAAUACAGCAGCAGAAAUAUCCAUCACUGACAGCCAACCUAUUACCCAAGCUGACCAGAUUUCCUUAACCAUUUCCAGCAUUAAGACAACUCUGUCAUCACUUCAAUUUCCUCCUACCAACAAAUCUCCUGUCUCUCCUUCCUUGAUACCAACAGAAGUAACAUCACUAACACAAUGUACAAGAAGUAUCCAGCCUUCCCCUCUACCUGCUAAUAUUGUUCACAGCAAUAGCUUAGUUCCAUCUGAAGACCAGUCCCAAGCUUUACGCUCUGUGUAUGAACAGGCCGAUUGGUUUUGCCCAAGAUGUCACAUUGGUAAUAGCUAUUCUUCAACAUAUAGGUGUAGAUUAUGUGGCCGUAGACCGUAUUUCCCCGACAUUUCUAUGGAACAAAACACAAUGAGAAAUUCACAACAAACCCUUUGUGUACCAAACACUACUAUGCCAAUAAUUGAACAAAGGCAGAGUGUAAGUUCUGCCUCAGCAGCCAGCAGUAUCAGCACUGUAAAUAGAUUAAGCAGUAUUUCUUCAACUAGUUCAAGCAUGAAGGCCUUUGUGGAUGAAUGGAUAUGUUCUUCCUGCACCUUGAGAAAUUCUUCAGAUGUCUUUCAAUGUGUUGCUUGUGGUACCAUGUGUCCAAAUGGAAUGUUUACUAAUGUUACAGACCCCAUUUUCAGCUCAAUUGGAACCAGUGUUGGAACUUCUGUUGUUUCUACUGUUCUAGUAGCAGCCUCUCCCACACAAUCUUUUCCAAAUGUUGAAACAGCAACAGUCACAAAUAGCUUAGUGCCGCAGAUGAGUAUUUCUCCACCAUCAUCUGUUGAGAGUCUUCAACCAGAGUCAAUGAGCAUGGAUCAGAUGAGGGAGAUUGCUGAGAGGAAAGUGAUGACGAUCGUGGAAAACAUCAUAAAAUUUUGCCGAGAUCAAAAUAUGCCAUUUGUGGACGACCAGUUCCCACCAACUGAAAAUGCUCUUUACUUUCCUUCCUCAUCCUCAAGACCAAACAAAUGUCAGUGGUUACGACCCCAGCAGAUCACAUUUUCAUCAAAUGAUACAGAUUGGAGAAACAGAGAAUGGAGUGUUUUCUCUAAUCCUUCUCCAACCGACAUCAAACAAGGUGUUUUGGGAAAUUGUUGGUUCCUUAGUGCACUGGCUGUUUUAGCUGAGAGACCUGACCUUUUAAAGAGGGUGAUGGUGACAAAGAAUUACAACAAGGAGGGAGUUUAUGUGGUUCGACUUUGCAAAGCAGGAGUUUGGCAAACUGUAUUUGUGGAUGAUCUCCUGCCAUGUGACGAAAAAAGAAGACUUAUUUAUUCUCAUGCACGAGGGAAACAGUUAUGGGUUCCAUUGGUUGAGAAGGCUCUAGCAAAGUUACACGGGUGUUAUGAAGCAUUACAAGCUGGUAGAUCAAUUGAAGGGCUUGCUACGUUGACAGGAUAUCCGUGCGAGAGUUUAGCUCUGCAACAGUCAUGUCCUGAAACUGAGGUAGAGGAAGACAUGGUGUGGGUGAAAUUAUUAAGUUCAAUGGAGGCAGGCUACCUCAUGGGUGCCUCGUGUGGUGGGGGUAACAUGGACACCAAUGAUGAAGAAUAUAAUCAGAUUGGUCUUCGUCCACGACACGCUUACAGUGUUCUUCGUGUUACUUCAGAGUUAACCCAGAAUGGAACUUAUGUUAGACUUGUGCAACUACGCAACCCAUGGGGACAUUUUUCAUGGAAAGGUGAUUGGUCAAAUGAGUCGGUGCUAUGGCAACAAAAUCCACAAUUAGCCAAUCAGCUUUUCCAAAGAAAUGCAGACAAUGGAACUUUUUGGAUGUGUCUUGAAGACAUGAUGAAAUACUUUGACAGCGUUGACAUUUGUAAGAUAUACGGGAGAAACUGGGUGGAAGUUAGCCUUGGUGGCAAGUUUCCUACGUCUGCUGCUGAACCAUUGACAGGAUUCACUCUGGAGGUUUUCAAAGAGUGUGAACUCGAGUUCAGUCUCUUCCAACAAUUGUCAAGGACCCAAGAGAGUUCAAAUCAAAGUCCUGUGGACACAUGCAUUUGUAUAUUCCGAUCUUCCGUGUUCAACGGGAAAGCCACCAUUGGUACCAUGGUAGCAAGCAGCAAAAGAAAAGUGAAGAAACAUCAAUCCUGUAGCUGUAUGCUUGAUGUUGGAACCUACUUAGUUAUAAACCUUGCUUUUAAUCAUUGGUUGUCUGGAUAUGCUGGUGCAGGUGGGUCACCAUCAACAUCUGGUGUAGCACUUGUAUCUCCAAGUUAUGUGCUCACCUUACAUAGCAGUCAUGCUGUAGGAAUAACUGCAUGCAAUAACAUUGAUGGCCUAAUUGCUGAUGCUGUCAUUCAACUUGCACUUAAAGCUGGGAAAGAAACUGCGGUAAGGGACGGCGUUGCAUGUUACCAGCUAACUAAGGGUUGGGGUGGCUUGGUUGUGGUGGCCGAGAAUCGACACCAGAGUUCUUGUUUUCACAUCCGUUGUGAGACAACAUGCAACAACCUUGUGUCAAGCAGGGGAAGUUUGUAUACAGCAGACAGCGUACCUCCAUUGCACAGGCAAGUUAUCAUGAUCCUUUCGCAAGUGGACAGUUAUUCUGGCUUUUCCGUCAAACACAAACUGACGCAUAGAAUGGCAGGGAAUGGUGUUGAUGAUUUAGGUAAUUGGGGGCCAAGGUCUGUAAAACAUGAUCCUCCCCUGACUUUGGACGUCGCAAAUUUGCACCAACCUCGUCCAUUGUAGCCAAUUUCUUCAUCUUAUUUCAUCGACUCGUUUUUUAUUGUUCUGUCUUCUUCAUGCUUCCUUGAUGGAUUUUGUCAGUGCCAUGCGUUUGAAUACAAAAUAAAUCAUAUGUAAUGUGAGAAAAAUAUAAA